AUGGCGACGCGCGACGGUGAUUCCGCGACGGCGCGCCUGCUGCGGGAGGACGAACGCGCGCGAAUCGCGCGAGAUUUGCGCGCGAUGGCGACGCGGAAGCUGGACGGCGACGCGUCGGCGCACGGACGACGCGUCGCGUUGGUCCCGCUGGGCACGUAUAACGAAGAUCCGUGCGUGGUGGUGACGGUGAGCGAGGAUAUGAUGCGACGGGGGAGGGCGUGCGCGCUGCCGAGCGCGGCGGUGGAGGAGUGGACGCUGUUGGAGAGCGCGAGCGUGGCGACGACGAGCGCGGCGAAGCGAGCGAAGGAGGCGUUGUUCGGGAAAGACGAUAAGACGGUGGUGGAGAUGUUGGGGGCGACGCACGACGUGUUAGACGUUCGUGGUCGAACGGUGGUGACGCCCGUGUUGGCGUACAUGGGCGAGAUUGGAGAGAAAGUUCGUGGAAGGAGCGACGUGGCGGCGAUUUCGUUGUCGACGCUCAUGUCGCUCGACGGCGUGGCGCCGGAUGCGAAGAACGGCGGCGUGCGGUUCAUCGGCACGCUCGCGGCGGCUGGAUUGGAGGGGUACGAAGCCGCUGCGCUGCACGCCGCGCUGCGCGUCGUCGCGGGUCCGCGUUUGGAGUACAAAGAGGCGCUUUACGAUCAAUUCGUCGCGGGAUACAAACGCCGAGCUCCGCCGGCUCCGCCGGGGGCCAAGCCAUCGACGCCCGAGGACGACCGCGCCACGGGUUGA